GCAGUAGCAAGCAACGAGUAACAAUCAAGGAGUUUAUCAAGUUGAUUAUUUCAAUAUCAACAUCUCAUAAUUAUUUCUCAAAGUUCAAACACAUUUUAAAAGUUAGCUGUUAUCAAGUCCACUUCAUAUGAGAGAAUUUACACAUUGAUUCUUUGCUGGCAUUUCAUGCUAAAUUAAACAUAAGGAUCAAGGGCUGGAUCUUCGUAAAUACUCUUCAUCAUGCGGUUUUAAAAGACCUUCAAACCAUCUGCCGGCCUCUUGUUGCGACCCUUCUCUUCCCUUUAUGUGAAUCGACUACACCUGUCGGUUCUUAUGACGAUGGCCAAUUAAGAUCAGUAGUAUCUUUCGAUUACUAUCACCCGGCCUUCCAUUUCUGUAUACCAGAUCCAAAACCAGAAUAUGUCUCGGAAAGUUUGGGUAGUAUUCUUUUCGGUGAUCGCAUCAUGACUUCGCCCUUUAACCUGAAGAUGGGAGUCAACGAGACGUGUAAACAACUUUGCGAAGAGAAGAAGUUUGAUCAAAGCUCGGCACAUUUUGUGAACAGAAGGAUACAGCAGGGUUUUGCGAUGAAUUGGUUAGUUGAUGGUUUGCCAGCAGGACAAUUGAUUGAGGAUGAAAUCACACAAACGAGGUUCUAUAGUCAAGGAUUCGCAUUGGGGAGUAGCGAUCAGAAAGACAUGCACUUGAACAAUCACUACGAUAUCUUUAUCGACUAUCAUGAGGUAUCUGCUGGUCAAAUGAGAGUUGUUGGUGUUAUUGUUCAACCUUCGUCGAGGACAAUGAAUGAAAAUCCAGGGGACCCAGAAUGCGGUGCUGGUGGACCACAAGUGGUACUUUCGGAAUCUGGAGAGACAGCCGUCACGUAUUCGUAUAGUGUCUGGUGGCAACCUUCAACAACGGCUUGGGCUACCAGAUGGGACAAAUACCUCCAUGUUUUUGAUCCAAAGAUUCAUUGGUUCUCUCUGAUCAACUCCGCCGUCAUUGUGGUAUUUCUCGUCAUCACAGUCCUUUCGAUUCUCAUGCGAACUUUGAGAAAAGACAUUCAAAGAUAUAAUAGACUUGAUUCGAUCAACCUUGAUGACUUAUCAGGAACAUCUGCUGCUAUCGAAGACGGAGUUCAAGAAGAUUCCGGCUGGAAAUUGGUACAUGGAGAUGUAUUCCGUACACCAGGACGUCCAUUGAUUCUGAGUGUAUUUCUCGGCAAUGGAGCUCAAUUGUUUGUUAUGACGGGCUUUACAAUUGCAUUUGCACUUUUGGGGUUCCUUUCACCAUCCAAUCGUGGAUCUCUUGGUACCAUUAUGAUCCUUCUGUAUACUGUACUCGGUUUUAUCGGAGGAUAUGCCUCAGCCCGUGUAUACAAGUCUUUCGGUGGUGAACAAUGGAAGCUCAACAUUGCCUUAACUCCAACACUCGUCCCGGGUAUCGUUUUCAGCACAUUUUUCCUCCUUAACCUCUUUCUUUGGGCCAAAGAAUCUUCUGGAGCAGUACCAUUCACAACAAUGCUUGUCAUCGUUGCUAUAUGGUUCUUCUUCUCCUUACCUCUAUCGUUUGCCGGAAGUUGGGUUGGGUUCCGUCAACCACCUAUCGCUUCUCCAGUCCGUACGAACCAAAUACCACGUCAAAUUCCUCCUUCCACAUCGUACAUGCGCCCAAUUCCAUCCAUGCUUCUCGUAGGUAUCUUACCAUUUGGAGCAAUCUUUGUUGAACUUUACUUCAUCAUGUCCUCCAUUUGGUUUUCAAAGGUUUACUACAUGUUCGGCUUCCUCUUUUUAUGUUACGGUCUCAUGAUCAUCACAUGUGCCGCUGUCACUGUUCUUAUGAUAUAUUUCUUGCUUUGUAGCGAGAAUUACCACUGGCAUUGGAGAGCAUUUAUGACGGCCGGUGCUAGCGCUGGUUACGUGUUUGCAAAUGCCAUGAUCUACUGGGUGACAAAACUGCAACUUGGUGGCUUGGCGGGUAGUGUACUUUACAUUGGGUAUAGUGCAUUAAUCUCGUUUUUUGUUUUCAUCCUUACUGGUUCAAUCGGAUACUUUGCUUGUUGGGCUUUUGUCCAGAAGAUUUAUGGAUCUAUUAAAAUUGAUUAGGGUUUGACUUGGUUGCGCCACAAUGUCCCUCCGUCAGAUCACGACAUGUACGAUUAUGUGAGAUUGCGGGCGCGCUGGAAGGGUUUGAGAGAAAGGCAAGUCAUCUAUGUACCAUAUAGCUGGAUUUUUUUUGAUUUCGGAGGUAUCUUCAAUUCAAUCCGUGUGAUGCGAUGAUUAAAAUAUUUUAUGGCGACGGUCCAAAGAGACACGGUGAGGUGCAAAGGCGUUUGAUUAGGGUGGAAUGUAUUAGUACGCAGUGGAAAUGAAUUAUCACUUUAUUGUGCCAUAGGAUUGCGACGGUCUGGAAAUGAUAAUUUGCCAAUAAGGACAUGUGCAAUAACUAUAACGUUGUCACCUUUGUCUGCUUAUGGCACUAGACUUGUUCAUUUUUCGUCAAGUAAGCACUUUACUGUUUUGGUAUUAUUCCAGUGGAUACUGCUGUGCUAUCAUUACUCGAGAUUGGUAAACCAACUGUUGGUUUUACCUAUUCUAUUCUAUAAGUUUUUUAUAUUUUUGGACAUUGCCAUCAAGCAAAAUCAUAUUUACAUUGCAGAA